AUGGAUUUAACAGGUGAAAUCCCAAAGGCCAUUGGAGAGCUCAAAUCUUUGAAAUUUUUGGCACUACAUACAAACUAUUUGAUUGGUGAAAUUCCUAAGACCAUCGGACAGCCCAAAUCUUUGGCAUCUUUGUAUCUGAAUGAAAACAAUUUAAGUGGACAAAUACCACCUGAACUAGGAAACUGCACAACUCUAUUGAGUUUGUUUCUCAGCAAUAACCAUCUCACAGGUAAAAUUCCAAAGGCCAUGUUUGAAUUCAAAUCAUUGUCAAGUUUGCAUCUGUAUGGAAACAAAUUAACUGGAGCUAUACCACCUGAAGUAGGAAACUGCACGUCUCUAUUUAGUUUGCUUCUCAACAAUAACUAUCUCACAGGGGAAAUUCCAAAGGCCAUUGGAGAGCUCAAAUCUUUGGAACAAUUGUAUCUGAAUACAAACAAUUUAACUAGACCAAUACCAUUCAGUAUUGGUAAACUCAAGAGGCUUUCUGAGCUUAUCAUCUAUAACAAUAAUCUUUCCGAGGGUAUUCCUGAAAGUCUUGGAGAGUUGAUUUCACUACAAACAUUAGAUGCAUCUAAUAAUCAGCUAUCGGGAAAGAUUCCACCAGCCCUAGGGAAUUGCAAGCAUGUAACUGAUUUGGUACUGACAGACAACUUUUUGCUCGGAAGAAUUCCACCAACAUUGAAAGUUUUGUCUGCUCAUUCUAAUGAUUUUUCUGGGACCCUGCCGGCAUCUUUGGCUAAUUGUACACAACUUACUCUUAUUGAUUUCAGUAAGAAUAGAUUGGCAGGUGAGCUUUCUUCACACCCUCUUGCAAAUUGUCUACAAUUAAGGGUUGUAAGCCUUAGCUCUAAUGAGCUCAAAGGCUAUAUUCCUCUAUGGAUUGGAAAUCUCAGCAGAUUGCAGGUGUUGGAUUUAUCCAAUAAUAAAUUUUGGGGGAGAAUUCCCUCUGCUCUAGAGGAUCUAAAGGGAUUUAAAAAUCCUAAAGUUUCACAACUGGGUGGUACUACACUCUAUGAGGAUAUACCAGCCAUCAAAAUAAAAGGAUUUGAGUAUAAACUAGAAUAUGUGCUGGCAUCAAACACUAUACUGGAUCUUUCAAACAAUAAUUUAAAAGGGGAAAUACCACCAAACAUUGGGAAUCUAUCUCAAUUGAGGCUAUUAAAUCUAUCUAGAAACCAAUUGGAAGGUGUGAUACCAGCGUCUUUGGGGCAAAUAGAACCUCUGGAGCAGUUGGACUUGUCUCAAAAUAGUUUGAGUGGGAAAAUACCUGAGGAGCUAUCCCAAUUAUCCAAGUUGAGCUAUUGGAAUGUGUCCUUCAACCACUUCUGUGGGCCAAUACCUGGAGGAAAACAGCUUAUGACUUUUGAUGAGAGAUCUUACCAGGGAAACCCUACAUGUUUAUGUGGGUAUCCAUUACAAAGUUGCAAACAGAAUAAAAGUUCAAUAGUGCCUUCACCUUCAGAAAUGGUUGGUAAAUCAGUGUGGAGUAAAGUGGAUGAACAUGUCUCAAUGAUUGCUGUGGGAUUGGGAUUUGGCAUUGGACUUGGUGGAAUGAUAUCAAUAAUAGUAUGGUGGGACAGACUUCUACGUUCCUUGCGGGGAACCAAAAUAUGGGGCUUAUGUGCAACUACAGAUUUCCCAAAAUUUUAG